AUGGACUUGGCCUUCGACAUGUGCCAUUUGGAGCACGCGGCCACUGACUGUCCUAAAAAAUGGGAAGCCUCUGAGGUCAUGCAGGUGGCUGCGAAGCAUCUCAAGAAAGGGGGAGUCGUUGCAAAGACUCCACGAGCUUCGGAACACCUCUCAAGCAUGUUGUCCCGCGACCCAUUGCCUUUGGACGUGGACAGCAAGGCGCCGUGGAAGGAUUUUAUAUCCAAGCACGACAUUGUUCCACGGGUCUGGGUCCCCGCCGAAGAAGUCUGGCUUAGCGCGGAACUGGCCGACUGGGACAGCGGUUGCUUUUCCAGCCCCACACAGUCACCUUCGAGGGGGACCCCUUUGGUGGAGAUGGUGAAGUUCCUGGAGCAGCAACUGCAGCUGAGCAAGGAUGACCAAGAUGUGCAGCGUGUAAUUCGGCUUUGCGCUCUUGGUCGCUUCCCUGAGCACGUCUCCGCAGCGAUGGGCAUCGAAGGGGACAAGGUGAAAGACGAUGGCAUCUUGGCCGGGCUGCAGCCCGGAGCCGUGUGGAUCGAGCAUUCGACGACGGACUUCGAAAACACCGUCAAGAUCCGCGCUGAAGUUGAGAAGCGCGGGGGCAAGGCCGUGGCGGCUCCCGUGACGGGUGGUAUGCAAAUCUUGAAGGUUGGAAAAAUGGUGGCCCUGGUCGGCGCGGAUGAGGAGACUUUCCAGCGCGUGAAGCCGCUGAUCUCAUUGUCGGCUCCUCGGAUCAUCCGCUGCGGCGAAUUCGGCCACGAGACGGUGGUGAAGAUUCUGACGAACAUGCUCUGCGCUGUUCAAGACUGCGCGAUGGGUGAGGUCAUGAUGAUCGCGAAGAAAAGCGGCGUCGACAUGAAGUUGCUCUUCGAUGCCAUGCGGAUCUCCUCGGGCAACUCCUUCUGCUGGGAGACAGAGUUUGCACGCGUUGCGGAUGGCUCCUACUACCCGGACUUCACGGCAGAGAUGAUGGCGAAGGACAUCCAGCUUGGCCAAGGCUUGGCGGCCAAGCACGGCGUGCCCAUGCUGAUGCAUGGCCAGGUCGCCCAGAUCUAUGAGAUGUGCAUGGCGAAGUACGGGCGAGACUCCGGCUCCACCAUUCCGGUGAAGCUGAUUGAAGACGCCUGUCAGACGCCCCUUGCCGACCAAGCACUCCGAGAAACCUUCAAGGACUGGACCUACACCACAGAGAUCGUCGACGGCAGCUACGCGAUCGUCCACAAAAACAUCGAGUCCCCAAACGUCGAGUGCAAGUGCUUCGUGGCGGACUUGGGCAGGCCUGACCAGCAUGCAUACGCGACCGGGCCUGCUUUGGAGUACCUUGCAGAAUCACUGGCCUCCGUGGAGAAGCCACCCGCGGCUCUCUGCGAGCUGCUCAUCGUGCACAAUGCUGGCAGCCUUGGGCGGCUCGCCUUCGCGCAGCACCUGGAGGCAGCUGAGACGGCUGCCGCCAUGGACCUCAACGUCACCUGUCCCAUCUUGCUCACGCAAGAUGUCCUACGCCGCUUUGGCGACCAGGCGAAUUCACAAGGCAGCCUGAAGAUUCGGAUCGUGAACAUCUCGAGCCUUCUCGCUCUUCAGGUGAUGCCCUCCUGGUCCCUGUACUCCACUGGCAAGGCAGCGCGCGACAUGCACAUGAAGGCGGUGGCCAUGGACGCACGGAGGUCGGGUCUGGACGUCCGCACGCUUAGCUGGGCGCCCGGGCCCAUGGACACCAACAUGAUCCGCGAGGUGUUGGAGACCUGUCCGGAUGCCGGCGUCCGGGCGCAGUUCGAGGAAAUGUACCAGUCGAACCUGAUUGACCCCAGGUACAGUGCUGCACAGCUCAUGGUUCUGCUCCAGGAAGACUUCUACGAGAGCGGCACCCACAAAGACAUCUACGACAUCGGCGUUCCACCACCCUCUCCCCCCGCAGGUGCCGGCUCGGAGCCGCCCCUCACGCCGGAGGGGCUGGCCGCGGCACCUUUGCGGGUGCAGAAGCAGCUCUUAGGGGAAAGGCUGUAUCCUCAUGUGGCCCGAAGUCACCCCGACAUCGCCGGCAGAAUCACAGGAAUGCUGCUGGAGAUGGACAACUCCGAGCUCCUGAUGCUGCUGAGUUCUGAGCAGCAUCUCAAAGCAAAGGUAGACGAAGCAAAGCGCUUGCUUGAGCUGUACAACAAUGUGACGGUCAACCCUGCCGAGAUUGAGGGGCAGCCGCCCGAAGUCCAGAGGCUCUACCCACGAGUGGCCAGAUAUCAGCCCGAGCUUGCUGGGAAAAUCACCGGCAUGCUCCUUGGGCUUCAGCAACCAGAACUCUUGGAGGUCCUGGAGAAUGAGCAGCUGCUGCAGACCAAGGUCGAGGAGGCGCGACGUAUCAUCGUGCAGCACGUCGACGAAGUGGCUCCUCCCUGCACUGCGGAUGAACUCGCGGAACAGCCGCCGGAGCUGCAAAAGCAAUUUCUGGGAGAAAGGCUCUUUCCGCGAGUGGCUGCACACCAGCCAGUGCUGGCUGGGAAAAUCACCGGCCGGCUGUUGCUGGUGAUGGAGAAUUCGGAGAUCGUCGAACUGAUCCAGUCCAAGGAGAAGCUCCAGCAGAAGGUGAGCGAGGCCCGUCACAUCCUCGAGGAGUAUGUUGGAAUCGCGGGGAAGCCGCUCGCGAUCCAGAAGCAGAUCAUUGGGGAGAGGCUGUUUCCACAAGUGCUCCAGUACUACCCCUUGCUCGCCGGCAAGCUCACCGGAAUGCUGCUGGAGAUGGAUAAUUCGGACCUCCUCCUGCUGCUCGACUCGCCGCAGCUCCUGAAGGAGAAGGUUGCCGAGGCAAAGCAUGUGCUCGACACCACAUGCGGCCAAGAUGCGCAUCUCUUGUCGCCGGAGAUGCUGCAGCAGGUGACGACUGCAGCGACGCAGCAGGCGGCGACGGCAAAGACAGAAUUCAAGCAGCCCCCGGCAGCUGCGUCCCUGAAGCCCAAGCCGACGCAGUCCAUGGCGGACGUGGAUUCGGAGAGCUCGCAGGCUUCCCCGGUGAUGUCUCCGCUUGCAGAGGGCAAGGAAAACCGGCUCCUGCGUGCGAUGCGGCAAGAAGGCCUAGAGGCAACAAAAGAGGAACGUGAAGUGCAAGUGGCCAGUGUUCGUCUGGGAGGGGACUGGGGGAGAUCUGGCACUGGGCAGAUCUGGGAGGAGAUGUGCGGGCAGAUUGGGGAGAUCUGGGAGGAGAUCUGGGAGGGUUGCUUGUCCAGAUGCUGCCCGGCUGCUGCAGCAUUGAGCAUAUCGAGCCACAAGCUCUUUGCCAAACUCAUUCUUUGCAUUCCCAACUUGUGCGAAGCCAUGGUGUCUCGUUGCAGCAUCUUCAUCGCCGUGGCGUUGCUUGCCGCGGGUGUGGUGCCGCAGGUAGCCAGCACGCGCGUGGAGGAGAGCAACGAAGACGAUGCCGCAAACAUCGUCGCUGGCUCUCGCAUCAAGGAGACGGAGCAAGAGAUGGAGCAGGGCCUCAGUCAUGGGGAGGCAAUCAAGGAGCACGUGCAAGCGACGUCGAUGGGGAAGGCGCUCAAGCCCAACGGGGACUCAUGUUCGAACAAAGAUGAGUGCGACUCCAACUUUUGCGCAGACGGAAAGUGUUCAUGA